UCUUACUAUUGGAGAAAAGCACGUGGUACUCGUAGUGGUAGCUUAUGUAAGACAAUCAUAAAUUAAUGAAAUGCGAGUAUCCCAAGGCGACACAACAUAAAUAUGGGGUCCGUCUGCAAUGCAUAUUCACGCCUGUUAAAUAAAUACCCCAUCACAGUGCAGUGUCUUCAGGCAGAAAGAUGUUAUGCAAUAGUGCCAAUGUAGCAAUAGCAUUAGGAAAGAGCAACUGCCGCAUAGCACAUAUUAGGUGUGUUGAUGGGAGCUGGAGAUGCUAGUUCCCAGUUCCUUGUUGAAGGCAAGUCACUCAAUGAAUACGAAUGGAGGAGGACUGCACGCUUCUUUGCUCUUGGCACCUUCUUUGUUGCUCCUGUACUGACAAAAUGGUAUGGUCUCCUUGAUCACAAGUUUGGUUCUGGGAAAGGAAUUUCUGCUUUUAAGAAGGUGGCUUCAGAUCAGCUGAUCUUUGCACCAUCUUUCCUUGGAGUGUUCAUGUCUGUGCUGGGCAUCACACAGGGCCACUCAAUUCCUCAUAUACAGCAGGAAAUAAAGACAAACUACAAGGACAUUAUUCUAGUCAAUUGGAGUGUGUGGCCAGCUGUGCAGAUCAUCAACUUUUCCUUUGUACCUCUUCACCAUCAGGUUUUGGUGGUGCAAACCUUUGCUCUCUUCUGGAAUACUUACCUGGCAUGGAAGACAAAUAGGAGCCAGUAGUCCCCAAUUACUCUUUAUAAGUAAGAUUGUAAUUGUUAUGCUUGCCAACUAAGAGAGAGAGAGAGAGAGAGAGAGAGAGAGAGAGAGAGAGAGAGAGAUUAUCACCUUUUGCAGAAGUCAUUUAAGUCAGCUGUACUGUUUGUUCAAGUGUUGGUGUCCUUUCAUUGAUUGUAUCAAACUUGUGCUCAGGUGUAUAUGUAAUGAUAUAUUUUUUUUUUUAUUCAUUAAUCUAUCAGUCUAUUUUUUUAUGCCUCACUCCCUCUUUGUGAACACCUUCCAAGGGAAUGACCACAGCAGAAAAGCCUCCACCUCUCCCUAUCCAGACAUUCCCUUCCUGCUUGACCUCUACUAACAACUCUCACACAUGUACUUCUUUGCCAUACCUUUCCAAGUGGUCUCCCUCUCUUACUAGCACUUUCAACUUUGCUUACAUACACUUUCUUUACAAACUCAAUGCUUUUCAUCCUCUCAGUAUGGUCAUGCCAUCUCAGUGUGUUUCUUCUCACCCAUUCCACCACAGCACAAUUUACACCACUAGCACAGGAACACACACCCUCUCUUAUAUACAUAUUUUCAUUGCUCUUACCCUCUGUGUGAGUUGUCAUCAUGGUAUAGUGGAUAGCAUAGCCACCUGGCAAGUGGAAAGUCCUGUGUUCAUUCCCUGGAUGAUGCCAUGCCUUUCUAGUAAAACUUCGUAGCUCCAACACCCUUCCAUCUACUUAUUGCAUGUACCCCUCUCAGGUAACUAAUUUCCACAGUAUGCUCCCUUGAUGGUUGUGCCUUAUUCCACAUCCAGGUCUCUGAACCAUAUGUUAUCCAUAGACACAUUUCUUCCUUUUAUUACUUGCAAGUGAUCCAAUGUAUUAAUAUGUUGCUUUAUAUUACAGUGAUACAAUUAAACCUGAACUAUU